AUGUCCAUUCCAAGAGCGCCACAAGGCCACUUCACGCUUCUCUACUUCGCCGCUGCCACCUCAUUUACCCGGAAACAGUACGACUUCUUCCCAGCACCAGUCAAGGUCGCUCAGCUCUACGACAUGUUGGAGACCAAGUACUCCGGAAUCAAGGCUAAAGUGCUCGACUCCAGCGCGCUGACCGUCAACCUUGACUAUGUUGACGUUGGCGAGGAGGCCGGGAAGGGUGAGGCUGGAAUGCUUAUCCAUGACGGUGACGAGGUGGCCAUCAUUCCGCCCGUGAGCUCUGGAUGA